AAUAUACGGCUUCACGCCACUUUGUAAUAAAACAAAUCCUGUUCGUUCUUCAUUUGGUGCUCUACGACGAUAGUCGUUACACAGAAUAAUCGUGGUCGUCCAGUAGUUGCAUUUGAAAAGAGUAGCGAACAAAACAAACGGAAAACUACUCAAGAACUGAGAAAUAAGACGCCUGUUAAUAUGUUAAGUCAUGCAGCACAGAUGAGCUUAAGAGCAUCGGCACAAAUUGAAGCAGCAAAAUUACUGAAGGAAAUAACUACAUCCACACCCACACGUGCAAGUAGAUAUAGAAAAGUAUUUGUGCAGUAACAAGCACCUAAAAAACUAUCGGGUGAAGAUGCACUAGCUGUUUUAGUAGAUGCUAAGCUAUCUCGACAUCAGUACAAUAUUAUUCGGAUGAGUGCCCUUGAUAAAUUUCCAUCAUACAAAGUCGUACAAGAAAGUAAAAAACAAUGUUAUCCGAAACCAAAAGAUAUACAAGUAACUUCUAUACACGCAGAAGUUUCUUUACAAGCAUUACUUGAUCACACAGUAGAAAGAUUAUUUUUAGUGCAAAAGCCUGUUAUUGACUUACUCCCAGAAAUUGAAUUGGAUAAGUUUAUAUUAUAUUCGAAAUGGGGCUUUGAUGGUAGCUCUGGACAUAGUCCAUAUAAACCAACUUUUUGUAGUCCUGGAUCCAGUGAUUCGGCUGUAUUUAUUACAAGUUUAGUUCCACUUCGCUUGGUAAAUGAUGACCAAAUUAUAAGGCAAAAUACACGUCCUGCAUCAACUAGAUAUUGUAGGCCUAUAAAAAUUUAAUUUAUAAAAGAAUCUACGAAGACAUCUAUAGCUGGGAAAGAAAAAGUUCAGAGUCAAAUAAAGAAGUUAAAUAAUAAUACUGGGACUUUUGAUAAUAAAUCAUUUAUUGUAACUCACAAUUUGAUUUAGCAAUGGUUGAUGGAGAAAUAUGUAAUGCACUAACAGAUACGACAUUAAUACUUAAAUGUUUCUUGUGUGGUGCAAAAUCGAAAGAGUUUAAUUUAAUUGAUGAAAUCGUUAAACGAGAGGUAAAAACUGAUCAUUUAUCUUUUGGGAUAUCAGUUUUACAUGGGUGGAUUCGUUUUUUCGAAUGUCUCCUCCAUUUAUCUAAAAAUUACCACUCAAAAAAUGGCAAGCUAGAAGAUAUGUGGAAAAAAUAUUUGUUUCAGAAAACAAUCAUAAAAUCCAAAAAGAAUUUAAAGAAAAAUUAGGAUUACUUGUAUAUAAACCCAA